AUGUCAAUCCUCGGCAUUGCGCUCCCCUUUCUUCGACCCCACCUGGGUCCUUACUUUGCCUUCAUUAUCGAUACAUAUGCUACCAUAAUGAUGAUUCUCUUUUUUCUUGGUUUUCCUUCGGUCCGUGAGCGACUUGUACGAGUAUUGCUAAGGGACGAACCCUUUUUCAUUCCCGGGCUUGGGGCCCUGUUCGUUCGCUAUGUGAUUCCGCGCGCCCGCCGGUGGAUGGGUAACCUUAGCAGCUCAAAUGAUGUCCAGAUCGCCAUUGUUUUCUUCCGCAUCGGUCGCGCCGUUUGCAAGACAUUCUACACAUUCUUCGUUCGUGCUUCAACCCGGGAACAGUAUACAUACCUGCCUUUGUCGAAUCGGUCCGACGGUAGUGAAAUCCGCCUGAUCAAGCUGCACCCUGGUUCUGGCGAUGACCCCCUCCGAGCUGACAUCUUACACGCUUCUUUGGAUUUGGAUAUUGUCGGAAGGUAUGAGGCAGUCUCAUACGCUUGGGAGGAUGGUCACGCAACAAACAAACUCGAAACAGCGCGCGGUAUUAUUCUCAUUACGCCUUCUCUGUUCCAUGCACUGUAUCGAUUUCGAUUAAAAGAUGAACCCCGUAUACUCUGGGCGGAUGCAGUGUGUAUUAACCAGUCAGAUAACGAGGAGAAGGCAACCCAGGUGGCAUUGAUGAGUAACAUCUAUGCAUCUGCCGCCUGUACGCUGGUGUACUUGGGCCGCGAGGCCGAUGGAAGUGAGGUAGUCGGAGAGUUGUUAGUUCGAUUUGCUAGGGCUAAUUCGUCCCUCUACCGCUUAUAUGGAAGACAUGAAAUGGAAGUGUUGAGACACAUUGGAUCGAUCUCACUUCCGAUGAGGAUGGUAUUCGAGGAAUGUGGACUUCCCGACCCAGAAGAUCCUGCCUGGAAGGCACUAGCCAAGCUCUGGGCGAGGCCAUGGUUUCGGCGUGUAUGGGUCAUUCAGGAAUUUGUCCUCUCCCCGGAUAUCCGCAUGUUCUGUGGCGAAUGGGAGGUCAGUUGGUCUGUGUUCUACAUCGCUACGACCGAUACAUACAUGACGUCCUCCUUCUCAGUUGUUCCAGAUAUACCGAACGCAUUCAGCGACGCAGCAGCGCACAUGGGAACGGAAGCUAUGCACAUGAUGUGCGAGUACCGGCGAUCUGCACUACUAGAGACAUUACCCGUCUCGGAUGCUGAUAGUAUGCGAAUGCUGACUAUAAACCUGGACACAAUGGUGUUUGAGGAGCAAGAGCAGUUUAACUUGGCGAGAAAGAUGGAUGCGAAGCUGAGACUGCGGGUUGAGGUACCCCUUCUUGAUCUGCUUGCGUUAUGUGACAGGAGCAAAGCUACAAGAGCUCGCGAUCAUCUGUUUGCAGUCCUCGGUCUUUCCAACGCAACGGACGACGAUAUUUUCCGAGCAGACUACUCUUCAACAUUUGACGAGAUAGUUAGGCACUUUGGUAAAGCGUUUGUACGCAAGAGGCAGUGUAUGAACCUCUUAUACCAAGCUCGAUUAAACAUUCAAUCCUCGCGGUUUCCAUCCUGGAUCCCCGAUUGGACCACCAAGUUUGCCUUCAUGGGCGACGAAAUCGACUAUGAAAGUUUAGGGCUGCACAGUGACGGAUUAUAUGCUGCCGCUGGCGAUACUCAGUGCGUGUCAUGGGUUAGUGAUGGCCCAAAAGACGAUUGCCUUGCAGUUCGAGGCAGAUUCGUCGACAAGUUGAGCUGGGUCGGCGGUGAUCAUGUCAAACACGGCCCCAUACAUGGCCUAAUACACAGAAUCCGACAAUCCUACGAUAUCAUCGCCGAGCUUGAAAAAACUUCGGAUUCCUAUGUGACUGGUGAGUCACUUAGAGAUGUAUGGUGGCGGAUGCUCGUGGCGAAUAAGACAAAGGGAUUCAGUCCUGUCUCUCCAGAUUUUGGGAUCGGACUACAUUCCAGAUGGCAUGUAAUUCCUGCUUUGUGCAGUUGGUUAUUAUCAUCGCCUGCUGAGGAAGCCAAGGAACAGCUUGUUGCAAUCAUAGGUCUUCCGUACUACAAGGCCAUAUACUCUUGUUACACGGUAUACCAGAUUGCCAAGACGGAGAAGGGAAUGCUUGGUCUUGUGCCGCUUCUGGCAGAAGCUGGCGAUCAGAUAUGCGUCCUCAACGGCGGUGCAGUGCCAUUUGUGUUGAGGAAAGGGAAGCGACUCCGGAGUGGACGUCGGUUGGUGGGAGAAUGUUAUAUCCACGGGCUCAUGAAUGGCGAGGCGAUACAGAGUCAAUACGAAGAAAGAGAUGUCAGGUUGUAUUGA